UCGGUAAUAAAUUUACUUGCCAGUUUAGUAAAAGAAAGGAUAAAAAAAAAAAUUAACACGAAAACUGGAUCGUUGAACAUGGAAUGUUAGUAAUGAAUAAUAUAUAUUCGUGGAAUUUUCUCAAGACAACAGAUUCUUGUGGAAAUUUCGUUGGAUCACAAAGUACGUAUGCUGGAUUUUAUUAGAAUUUUCAGUGGUUAGCUGUUUUUCGGAGUUUCUUUGAGGUCUCAGUGGUUUAAUUGCUUUUAUUUAGGUUUAUCUGUGAUACUUGAGGGGAAAGCAGAUUUUUCGAAUUUUCUUAAGAUUUUAGUGGAUAGCAGAUUCUUCGGAUUUUAAAUGAAAGUUCAGUGGAUAACUGAUUUUUCGGAUUCUCUUUGAGUUCUCACUGGGCUGCAGUUUUUUUUUUUUUUUUUUUUUUUUUUUUUUUUUUGUAGCAGAUAUUUCAGAAGUUAUUAUUAUUAUUUUUUUUCUCUCUCUCUCUCUGAGAUUCCAAUGGGUAGCAAAUUUUUUCUGAUUCUGUUUGAGAGAUCAAUGGAUAGCAGAAUUUUUCGGAUUUUCUUGGAGAUUUCGGUGGAUAGCAGUUUUUUUUACGGAUUCUAUUAGACAUUUCAGUGUGUAGCAGGUUUUCCGAAUUCUCGUAGAUGCCGGAUUCUAGGUGGUUAAGUGGCCAGGGAAUCUUGGUUCAGAUUUCAAUGGAGAGUGGAUAUAUAAGGGUAUAUGAAAUUAUAUAUAAUUGUUGACUGUAUUUUAAUGCAACCUGUUGUAAGGGAUGUAUCUUUUGUCAGCGUGAUAUUAAAAGAUAAGGAAGUGUUUCUUUCACUGUAAAAUAAAUUACUAGUCUUUACAUAACAGUCAUGUAACAAAAUAAUUGACGUCAGUCUUUUAUCUUAAACCACAAAUUAAACAUUAUUAGACCCUACAGUGUUUGUGAUAUUUUAAUGAAACUAAGAUUUUUCCUUCAUAUUUUUAUUUGUUUAUUUUUUUCUUUUUUCAGAACCCAGAGGCCAUUUACACACUGCAUCUCCCUUUCUUCAAGAAACUGAUAUUGGUUACCUGGAUUAUCAGCAUUAUACUCGAUUUUUCUUACAUUAUCAUGUGUCGAUCCAUCCGCGCAUUGUGUUAUUUUCUUGUGGCAAAAGCGGCACGUUUGUAUUUCUGUUUGGCAAGAAUGUGAGAUUUCUGAUCUGAAAUUUUCGGAAUAUGAAAUAUACGAGUCUGUUUUUCCAUGAUGUGCAGUGAUUGGAUUGAAUUAUUUUGUAAUAAUUUUUUUUAACUGCUAUUCUGAGGGUGUUUCGUAAAGUUUGAGAAAAGCGUUGGACGUUGUGAUAAUGUAAUAACAAUAAUAAAAAAAAAUAAUAAUAAAACGGAAAGGGGAGAGUAUUAAAAAGAAUACUUCCGUCAGUGUUGCGUGUCAGUUGCGGAAAUCACACAGCUGUGAAAAGGUCAUCCCCUGUUUGUGCGUGCGUGUGUGCGUGUCUCUCUUUGUGCGUGUUCCUGUGUGUGCCGCUACUUUCUGCGCGGACCGCUCCACCCACCCACCGCCCACACACACACACACACACACACACACACACAGACGCACCCCCGACCCAGCGAGUAAGCAGGACGCGAGGUUGCACGCCAGGGCGAGGGAUCAAACCCAAGCCUCCCGCGGGAAGUCCAAGUAGCAGGUCACCACGAAGUCAUCUGGGGGACAUCGGAGCGUUUGUGAGCGGUCUCUCUCUCUUCCGAAGUCUCGCGAUGUCGCCGGAUCAUGAAGCAUUGAGUGGAGACAGUCAGGGAACAUGCUAGGAUUCUGGUGAUAAAGUUGUAUGGGAGAGUUGUAUGUGAUAGGAAAAGAAAAGAAAAAAGAAAUUUUCAAGUUACCUGAAAUAAGAUUCAUUCUUCUGAAUUGCCUUUACCUCGUCGAAACCUCACCUGUCCGAGAUGCCUGCUUUACCCUCACUCAUUCGCCUCGCGUUCGACUCCACUUUCGACAGUUGGCCCUGAAGCAAGAGACGGCGAAGAGAAACCUGGACCCACGAGGCAAGGCGUGAAGCUCGAAGCAAACCGCGUUUCGAACUGUGCGUCGUGGCUCGAAUUGUAUGUUAUCGUAACUCCUCCGAAAAUGUCGACGGGGGAUUCCACUUCGUCCGGGCCUUCGAAGUGGGCGUGGUUGUGGGCGUGUUUGGUGCUCUUCGUCGUCCACAGCCCCUCUGCAACGGAAGCGAAAUUUAUUGAAGGUUAUUUAAAGACAGCCGAGAAAUGGGCGUUCCUCACACGAUUUUGCUUCCUGUCCGACGAUGGGACCUUUUCGUUCGACGUGGAAUACGAUAUCGAGUACGCCAUGGAAAAGAUUCUGCUCUACUACGACUCGCCUCACCAGUGGCCCGCCGUGUACAAGAGCGAUAAGAAUUGCCAGGAACGAGAGGCGGUGAUGAAGCGGGAAAACAACCAGUUCAUCAACUUGACUCUGGUGUCCAUCAACUCAGAAUGUGAGGUGAUACGUCAUCCCGGGGACAAGGCGACGUACCACUGCAAAGGCUCCAGGAGUUUCAGAAGCGUCAGAGAACGGUGGUGGUUCAUAGCCAUAAGCAACUGCGACAGUACCAAAGGACUGGAGCUCAGGUAUCGCUUUACCAUGACUAACGGCUACGACUACUGGCACAAACACUUUUCGGCCGAUGAAUUCUAUAUUCUAAGGACUGAUUUGACGGCGCUCAUUCUGCAGCUUGGCAUUCUCUUCUUGUCUCUUCUGGCAGCAUCCGAGCUCAAGAACCGCCAGCUGUUCCAUUCGACGUACAGGCUGUACAUGACCGCCGUGGUGCUGCAGGUUAGCGGGCUGGCCUUCCUCAGCCUGCACUACGGGAGGUACGGGUACAACGGCGUCGGGUUGGAGAACUCGAAGUUGCUAGGUCGAGUUCUUCUCUCCAUCGGCACCGUCGUCAUGGUCCUAAUGUUGCUGUUGAUGGGCAAAGGCUUCAACAUCACCCGAGGGAGGCUGAGACAGGCAUCAGCUGUUCGUCUUACCCUUUUCAUGUGUCUCUACAGCAUCCUUUUACACGAGCUUUUCAUCUACGGCAGCGGGUGGGACGGUUUUAAAAAUAAAGGUGAGGGGUUCCUGACCCGCCCCAGCGCCGCCAACAAGAACUUCCCUUACCACGUGCGGACGUCUCAGAUCACCGCCCUCGAGCGCUCGACGACGGGCGUGGUCGGCAACAACACCCUCGACUCCUUUUCGCGCCACACCUACGCCCCGGACCUGUGUGACGGAGGCGGAGGCGGAGGCGGAGGCGGAGGAGGAGGAGGCUUCAGCGCGACGGAGCCCAAGAACUUCGCCGCGCCGGAUCUGUUCCUGGUCUCGGGAGCCGUGGAGAUGCGCCCGAUUCCUGCCCCGAAGAGCAUCGUCAAGCAAGACAAGAGCUUCCCGCACCACGCUCCAGGGGCGCCGCCCGCCGUCUUCCACGAGCCUGUGUCGCUCUCCUGACAGGGCUUCGAUCUGUUCUGAGGGCGGGGGGCGUGAACGGAGAUUAAGGGCGUGAAGGGA